AUGAAUGAUACUCUUGAAUCUGUAUCUAAAAGGCUUGGACUUAAUAGAACAUUGAGUCUAGAUACUGUAGUCCUCAUUUACAAAGUCUGUGGUUAUGAAACUUCAUGGCGCAAACAACAUUUAUCCCCAUGGUGCUAUGCAUUUGACGGCAAGACUGCAGAGGUGUUAGAGUAUUAUGUAGACUUGAAGCAUUAUUGGUUAGAUGGCUAUGGGCACAAUUUAACAUAUCGUCAAGCUUGCAUGUUAAUGAAGAAUUUAUUUGAAAGGUUUAGAGGGGAAGGUCCGGACGCUACCUUCCUGUUUGCACAUUCGGGGACGCUCCUAAAGCUGUUAACGCAUUUGCAACUUUAUAAGUCUGAAAGUCCACUUACUGGGGAUGCCCUAAACCUUAAAAGGACGUGGCGCGCCUCUAAUAUCGAUGGCUUCGCGUCUAAUUUAGCCUUUGUAUUAUACAAGUGUUUAGAUGGUGAUUACGUGUUGACGCUCCAUCAGGAACGCGUCAUCAAGCUGCCGAUGUGCGAGCAGGAGCUAUGUUCCCUCAACAAGUUAUGGGACUACUUUGGAGAUUCAAUUAACGAUUGUAAUAUUAAUGACAUGUGCCGACUGAAU